ACGUAUAUUAUGGCCUCUGGAACACGUAUAUAGCAAGAAGAUAACAUAAAGAACAUGAAGCAAAGGCCUUUUAACACGCAUAUGGCUAGAGGAGAACACAAGUAUACAGUAACAAAGAGUAAAAUGCAUUGCUUGUUCAGGCAGAGGAAAUGCGUUCUGCUGGGAAAUAAUACCAACAGCUGCAACAAACAACAGAGUUCCCUCAUGAAUUUGGCAAGCCUUGUCAUGCCUUUCUGGAACUAAUCUGCCAAUUUGUAGCUGACCCACACGCUUGAUCACCCAAUUUGGAAGUUAAGGAUAUGUGGGCCAAAAAGUAUCUUCAGCAUGCUCGUUUAGAAAUUUAGACGUGUACACUCACAGAUCCGUGCCUUCUUGGAUCUAAAUCAUGAUCUGCCGUGCAUGAUUGACUUAUGCUUAACAGCUCAAAUAACAAAUCCAGAAGUUAAUGCUCUUUGCGGACCAGAUAAUAUCUUCAGCACCGGUCCAGAAAUUUAGCGUGUACACUCCAUACAUCAGAUUGGAAUUCUACGUAGAAUGUUGGAGAAUCAGGUGCCGUCUAAAAUCAGGAUCACUAUAAGUAGCAUUGCCACCGGUAUUGACAGAGUCUGUAUCCACAAUGCAGCAAAUAGGUGCCCCUGUUCCUCUUGCCAACCACCAGUUCCUUCAGCAUCCAUGCCGGAUAUGCACUGCCGGUGCAGGGAGAUCCAAUUCCGGCCACCUUCUGAUGUCCCUCCACAAGGCAUAUCUCCACCGCCACCAGUUUAGGGUUGCUCCUCGAACAUCCAGCACUCUUCAAGCUGUCACUACAUCAACCGUGGACCAGAAUUCCAAUAUAAGGAAGGACAAGUAUUUCAAGGUUGAGAUGGAAGUACACGAGACUGAACUUGACCAAUAUGGUGUUGUCAACAACGUUAUCUACACUAGUUACAUUCAAAAUGGUCGUGACAAGUUACUUGAAAGCCUUGGUAUUAGUGUAGACUCGAUAAUAUCCAAAGGAGAUGCGCUGGCUCUUUCAGAGUUGCGUCUCAAGUACUUCGCACCUUUAAAGAAUGGUGACAGGUUUGUUGUCAAGACAAAGCUCAUGGAAAUCAAAGGUGUGAGGAUUAUAUUUGAGCACAUAAUUGAGACACUGGCAGAUCACAAGCUUGUAUUGGAAGCUAAAGGAACCGCUGUUUGCCUCAACAAAGAUUAUCGUCCAACUCGUGUAUUUCCAGACAUGUCAACAAAACUACUGCAAUACUUCUCAUCUGAUGACUAAAUGCUUACAAAGGAAGAGUAUCAAGACUAUUCUUACUCGGACUUAAUAGUUGUACAUAUGUGCUCUCCUGGGGUAUGAAGCUGCAAUUAAUCAAUAUAUCUCGAGAUACCAUAUCACCAAAAGUAUAUAUGUAUUUUACAGUGCUGCUUGAGCUGGUUAUAAAAUGAUUUACAUCUUU